UGGACUCCUCCAUCUCUCCCACACAGAUGAUGCUCAACCUCGCACCUGUCUGGAGGAAUAAAAACAAAAGAAAGCAUUUAUCUUGAGAGCGGGCAUUGACAAAUAGCACCCGACAUGCCCUGGACAGCAGCAGGGUGUAGGAGUCUGUAGCUGUCGUUUUUAUUUAUUUUGCUGUUGUUGUUAAUUUUGCCGGGAACCAAAGAAGUGGUUCGUCUCUCUCUGGAGUCUCCCGCGAGAAGGGAAGAUGGCUGCCAUGAAGAUUCUAACGAGCACUGGGCUCUUUUUGGCGUUAUGCGCGUUAGGGUUGCUGGCUAUGGCCAUCUGCACCGACCACUGGUACGAAACAGAUGCUCGGAGGCACCGGGAAAGGUGUAAGAAUUAUUCCAACAAGAGAACUGACCCGGGAUACAUCUAUAUUUCCAAUCACAACCUUCCCCUCCGCAUGCCGCCCAGGGAUAAAAGCAAAGGGAAGGGAGAUGGGAGUGGGCUACUUCCCAGAGUCAAGCGGCAUUUUUUAGCCGCUUCCUCGGCCAUGGAGUCUCAUUGCAGCCGGCAGUUUAACUCGACCAUUUCGGGGCUGUGGAGACGGUGUCACCGGGAGGGAUUUGAUAUAGAGACAGAGGACCUCAUUUAUAAAGGUAUGAUCCAGCGCUGUAUCCCAGUGAAGUACCAUUACUCCUCAUCCAUUCUUCCGAGGAACUUCCCCAUCAACAUCACCAAGACAAUCCGACAGGACGAGUGGCACGCGCUGCAUCUCCGUCGGAUGACAGCUGGCUUCAUCGGGAUGGCGGUUUCCAUUAUCCUGUUCGGGUGGAUUAUUGGAGUCCUCGGCUGUUGCAAGCAGCAUGAUUUAAUGCAGUAUGUGGCGGGGCUGUUGUUUCUCAUGGGAGGAACCUGCAGCAUCAUCUCCCUGUGCACCUGCGUCGCAGGGAUAAACUUUGAACUGUCCCGCUACCCGCGGUACAUGUACGGACUACCAGAGGACAUCAGCCACGGCUACGGCUGGUCUAUGUUCUGUGCCUGGGUUGGGCUGGGGCUGACCUUGCUAGCCGGAUUCCUGUGUACAUUAGCCCCCUGAGUGCCCCCCGCACGAUGGCACCGAAGCCGAGGCAGGAGAACGGGACAGUCUGACACGCAGCUGGAAGCACAGCCACACGGACUCUUAGAGCCAUCGGCUCGGACCGCACUGGCGAGUGACUGGAGGGGAGGGUCUGCCUCUGCCCGCCACGCCACGACCAGAGUUUUUGUUAUAUGCCCAAGCGGAAGUGACCGCUUUGUAGAGAUUCUGAUUAAUAAUGGUGCUUCUCUAGGAACGUAUCCGUAAACCAGUACAAACAACAAAAAAGAAAUGAUUCAGUAUCCAGAGGGAAAAAAAAAAAAAUCGAAGCGAAAUUCUGCCCCCUGUGUGUUUUAGUCGGGUUGAACCGUACUGUGUUUGUUAUAAAAAAAAAAAAAAAAAAAAAAAAAAAAACAAUAUUAUGCUGGCAUAAGCUGUCGGUUGUUAAAAGACAGCAAUAUUUGAUGUGGAUUAUUAUUAUUAUUAUUAUUAUUAUUAUUAUUAUUAUUAUUAUUAUUAUUAUUAUUUGAACAGUGUUUUUUGUUUUGUUUUUCAUAGUACCCACUGCAGCCUCCCGUCAUGGAAGGUCACAAGCACACUCUAGAAACAAUACUGUCAGUCCUGAUUUGUUAAACAGCGAUUGAAAUGUGCUUUCAGUUUUCAAAUGGCUGAAGGACUUGCCCUAAAAUAUAAAGCAGUAAUUGACCUGGACGUAUAUGAUGCGUCAAUGGCUUGAACUUUAAUUGGCUCAAAACGAUCUGUAACCCUGGUAACCUGCCAGCGAUCUUAUCAGGUGACGCUGGAAGCUAUAACCCUACAGCGCCCCCUGGAGGAAGAAUGCACACCUAAAAAAAAAAAAAGAUUCAAAAAAUACCCUCCAAAUGUACAAAUCAGUUUUAAUAAUGAAUCCUUAAUAUUGGCCUUAAUCACAGGAUACUGUUUAAAGAUUAACCUAAGAGGAAAUAUUGACAAGGUAAGCAUCCACCAGGCUUUGAAUCUCAGAACUCAAUGUUUUUGUUAUUUUUACUGUGUCAUGGCUAGGACUCUGUGGGACAGCUUGGUAUUCUGUGCAGAGUAUCUAAAAGUGUUUUAUGAUCACUUCGAUAAGAGAGGGUUUCACAAUGUGCGGCUAGUAAAAGGAUUAGCCAUGUGAUAUCCUGUCUCCAUCAGUAUCUGAAAAUUUGAGGGACGGAAGCACUGCCUUUUAAGCCAGCAAGAAGUGACAUGAAAAAAUUGCAGUGUGUUUUGGCAGUGUGCAUGUGCACUUUUUUUACUUUUUCCAUUUUUGUUUCACCUGUCCUUGGUUUAACCGUUUUAACUUGUCUUCCAAAAGCCAGCUUCAAACCGGAGACUAGUAUUAGUGUGUUGAUCAUAACAAGGUCCCUCACCAACUCUCUCCACAUUUAGCCUUAACAAACCAUUUUUUGCAAAGUUGCCUGCCCACAACCAAGCAACAAUAAAAUGUUAUUGAUUAACCAGUUCACUACAUUCAGACCAGGCGAAUGACAACAUGGAUUAGUUACCGUGGUUUCUAAGGACUUUCUGAUAGGUUAAGAGGAAUAAAGCCAGAGUGGGUAUCAAGAGCUUUUUAGAUAUAGCAUCAUGCUGGUACAGUGCCAAUAGUCUGUAAAAGAGAGUGCUAGACAAUACUGUGCAAAGCUUACAGAGAAUAUAUCCUGGAUCAGAGUACUGUUAGAGGAAAUUCCUUCCAAGUGCCAUAGUUGUUGCUACAAUAUUGAGUUUUUUCUCAUAUGUGAUUCGCUACAGCCAGUCAUAGCGGAGGCAGUGUGGUCCAGUGGUUAAAGAAAAGGGCUUGUAAACAAGAUGUCCCCGGUUCAAAUCCCAGCUCAGUCACUGAUUCAUUGUGUGAUCCUAAGUAAGUCACUUAACCUUGUGCUCUGUCUUUUGGGUGAGACGUUGUUGUGACUCUGCUCUGCAGCUAAUGCAUAGUUCAGGCGCUGUUAGGCACCUUGGAUAAAGGCGUCUGCUAAAUAAAAAAUAAUAGCAGCACUCAGUCUUAAUGACGAACUGACAUUUUUCCCGAAAUGAAUUGAAACAAAAUAUCUCUGCAACAUGACUUGGCAGAACAAUCCUUGGCGAAUCUCCUACAACGAAACAGGAAAACUAUCCCAUUAGCAGCUCAAAAUAUUCAGCAGCAAUGAAAGCGGGAUGAUUGAUCAGUAGCCAACACACAAUGAGGGGGCCACGGCGAAUGAGUGUACAGCCUAGUAUUGCGCUUGCCACAUAACAUUUCUUCCCAAACACUGAUUGGUUAGUGAACACAUAGGAUUCCAAGCCCCAUGACUGAAAUCAUCCGUUCCAAUUUCCCUUUUAAAACACUUGUCAGCUUUUUUUAAUUGCUUGUUGGAGAGUGACCAAGCAAGGUGACAUUGAAUAAGACUCUGUAUUGAAAUGCCAAUAACAAUUGAGUAGGAAUGCAUGAAACUUAGAUUUUAAAAGAGUAAAAACAAGUAUCACUCAGACUUAAUGGGGACGUUAUUGAAGACUACAAAUUUGCCAUGUGAAUAAUAUGAAAAAGUACAAGGAAGGUUGUGAAACCAUGGUCGUUUUAACACAAAGGAGAAGCCGAAAGCACAAUUUUCUACUUGAACUAAGCAAGCUAAGAAAAAAAAAAAAAAUCUUCCACAUCGAAUUCAAAGCCAAUGUACAGUUUCAGUAAGAAAGUUCCCAAUUUUAGAAGCAAGGUCAUAAGUAUUUUGUACAGAACUGUGUAAAUGUUUUGCAUUUGUAUGGUGUAUGGGUCAUUAUUUGUACAAAUACCAACACAUUUCUGACAUAUACAGAGUUGCAUUUGUGCAAAUAGCUCCAAUAUGAUUCAUAAUGUAUUCUUUUUUAUUUAAAUUAUUUAUUUAUUUAAAAAAGCAAUGCCUAGCAUGAAAACAUAAGGUUAUUUAAUUCCAAUGUAUUUAAACUUGUGUCAUUUUUUUAAUUUUAUUUAAAAAAUGUAAUUUCGAUUCUUUAUUAAAAUAUUCAACAAA